AUGAUUCACACCCGGGUGGUGGAGAAGUUAGGCAGGUACGGUCUACGCACUGCGAGAGUGCAGGAUAUGGGUGCACAUUCGAUCAGAGCGUACGAUGGGCGACAGUCGGCGCCUAUCACCCAUGUCGCCAGAGUACCCCUGAUCGUGGAUAACCAUCGCCAGCCAUUGGCAACUAUGAUGAUAGCUGACAUCGGCCACCACAACAUGAUCAUCGGCAGGCUAUGGCUAGCAGAACAGGACGUGCUGCUGGACAGUCGGAACUCUCGAAUACUAUGGCCAGCUCCGCGGACCACAGAGCAGAAGAUUCAAGCCAUAAAGGAAGAGGUGGCGUGCCAAUUGACACGGCCAAUCCCCAUGCAAAUCCUCAGAAGGCCAUGCGUGGAGGAGGAUCUAGAGCACCAGAGAGACUGCGAACGACGUGACCGGAAGUUUGAGAAGGGUCUCCUCUCGGAAAAGGAAUCUAAACCCCAGAAACGGAUCCCACGGUCAUAUAACCAUUCCCAUGGAGAGGAUACCCUGAAGAAAAUGCACCGGGCGCUGUGA